CAGGAAAGAGCGAGCAGUUAAGUACACUUUGCGACACUUCCAAACUCUUUUUUUUCUUUCUUUCAAUGGAACCAGACGACUCAGACUAGCAUCUGUCCUCAACUCGGAGCCGCAGCCAUGGACUUUUGCGCAUUUGGAUCCGUGCGCCUGUUCGGUGGAUUUUUACGCAUCGCGUUGCUGUGCGCUGUGCAGUUUGGAGCAUUGGCACAACGUGAGUGUUUCCCGGGAGGACAUCGGACUUUACGUAAUCCCUACCGCAGCGUUGACUUCGACUCCACGGAGAUCCAGAACACAGCGAUCCAGGAUCUCAUCUGUGACCACUCACUGUCACCGGGCUGGUACAGAUUCAAGAUCAACAACAAGCCAGCCGAGAUGCCGACCACCUGUGUUGAAAUGAACCGUUGUGGGACCCAGGCGCCGGUGUGGCUGUCCCUGAGAGACACCUCCCUCCCGGGACCUGGCGAGGUCCGCCAGCUGUCGGCCUGCGCCACCUGGCAGUUCUUCCACGGCAGCGCCAAGGACUGCUGCCUGUUCCGCAUCCCCGUCACAGUACGCAACUGUGGUGACUUCCUGCUCUACUACCUACAGCCCACGCAGGGGUGCAUGGGAUACUGCGCGAAAGUUGCUCCAGAUUUGGGUCCCACCAGGCUAUGCCCACCAGGAGAGGUGGAAGUCGACGGUCGAUGUACGGCCACUGUCCCAUCCCUACCGUCCCGACCAGUGAUCACUCCAGAGCUGAUUGGCCACAGCGUCCACCUGCGAUGCUCCUUCAUCCCACCGCCAUGGAGACAACCGCUGGGCUUCCAGGUGGUUUGGGCCAGACACAUCGGCCACAGCAUGAAGGCCGAGAUCAGGCAGGAAUCCACACUCAAGCCCUUCUCACUGGUGGAGAUGGACGGUGUUCACUUCAGGCUGGGAGAAACGUUCUCCUGCAGUGUGUCAACCUUCAGAGCCAACUCCAGCUACAGCAGAUCUGCAUCUAAAGAAAGUGAGAGUUUCUUUGCUGGACUGAAGUUUUCUCCAGAAUCUCUCCAGAUCUCAGAGAACAGCCAGGAGCAUGAGGUGAGCGUCCACACCACCGUGCCCAUCCCUUGUUUUGGCUUGGACCAAAGUGACCAGUGUGGAUUGGCUCUGGUUCUGAGCGUCCAAGACCCAGACAGUCUUGCACAUGAGGUGUCCAAUGUGGUGUUGUCCACCUGCCAAGUGGAACUCCUGCCGAACACCUGCAGUCACGGCGUCUGCGGACGGGCUUCGUUUUAUGUCGCUGCCGUCACUGAUUUCACACGAGACUGGAACAGGAUGAGCCUGGUCAGUGUUCAGCCCGGACACAGCGUGCCACGACUCUGGAGGAGCUACAGUCCAACAUCACUGAAGGUCACGGUCCAGGACAUUCCCACUUCCAUAUGCUACUCCCUGACCGAUCCACACGUCAUUACCCUGGAUGGCAGACGUUAUGAAAACCACCAAACGGGCACCUUCGUCCUUUACCGAAGUCUUUCCCGGGACUUCGAGGUCCACUCUCGCCAGUGGGACUGUGGAAGUCGACACUACGCAGUCGCCUGCAACUGUGGCGUGGCGGCGCGAGAGGGAAAUGAAGUCGCCAUCUUUGACAUGUGCAAUGGUCAGCCACAGGAAACAAGACCACACCUCACCUUGAAGAACCUGGAUGGAUCCACCAAUGGCAAGGGCAACCGGGUCCGGGUUAUGGAGUCCCACCAGGGGAAGAAGGUCACCUUGCUCUUUCCGUCCGGGGCCUUUGUCAGGGCUGAUGUCGGCGACUGGGGGAUGAGUCUUUCGGUUCGAGCGCCAAGCGUCGACUUCACCAACACACGAGGUCUAUGUGGAACCUUUGACCGCAAUGGCAGCAAUGACUUCCACAGUUCUGAUGGCAGCUCUCACAGCCCAGCUGACCUGCACCGCUUCAUAGAGAGCUGGAGGAUAGCUCCUGGUGAGAGUUUAUUUGACAAGACACCAUCUGGGGUAAAGCAGCAGGACCGGAGGCCUUUCUGUCAAUGCCAGAAAGGAUACAGUACUUCCCAUACUUCAGGCAGAGGGAUGAGGAACCUCUACAGUGCUCCUUCUCACUCUGACUGCAUCGCAUAUGAUGAUGUGGAUUACACAUCUGUGUUCCCUGCUAUGGAUACGACACUGGAAUACACCAAGAGUCCUGAUAAAGACCAAGAUGUCCUAGACAUGUCGGACUUCCACAGUCACCCUCUGGAGAGGAGGCACCUUCAGCUUCACAGUCAAACAGACCAAAAUGAUAACGGUGAUGAUGAACUGGGCAGUGAGUUGAGGGAGGACCUUCUGUUUUUUCUUCAUAGGCCGAAGAGGCAGGCAUCACUUGAGUUCCAGCCUGUGUUUGCUGCUCAUACUCUGACCCAGGCUGAGCUAGAGAACUUCAGCUACUUCUUUCCUGAAGAUCACUCAGCUGAGCCUCGACCGGAUGUCCAACCCCGAUGGCCCACACCGAGUGGCCUGACCUCUGCCAAAGCCUUGGAGGUGUGUCAGAUGGCUUUAGCUAACUCCACUGUUGGUGCAGUGUGCCGAGGGCUGCUGGGACGCCGCCUGGACGACGCUGUGGAUCUCUGCAUGUUGGACCUACAGCUCAAAGAUGACCUGGCCUGGGAAGAGGCGCUUCUGCCAUAUCUGGAGAAUGAGUGUGAGAGACGACUGCUGGAAAACCAGACCCAGCGUGCCUUGGAAGUAGCUGGUUCACCAGGACCAGCAGGGGAGGUGGUUACGGCACUACGCUGCCCCAACUUCUGCAACGGAAAUGGAGAGUGCACGGAGUGGGGCUGUCAGUGCUACCCAAGCCACAGCUUCUAUGACUGCAGCCUGGCAAUUAGCCAGCCAGUAGAGUUAACCGAUUUGGAGAAUGGUGGUCUAUGUGAUAUCCGCUCCUUCGACUGCCGCAGCAUUCGAGUCUUUGGCCUUGGCUUCAUUGACUCUUCUGACCUGAGCUGUCACGCCACCAGACUAAAGUACCUGAAUGGAGCUUGGAUUCCAGGUGAGAAACAGAGGACCAAGGCCACCUUCCUCAGUUCCAAAGCACUGGACUGUUCUGUCCCAUCCCUCAGCAACACAGCUGUCCAAACAGAGGACUUCAUGAUGGAUGACAAGCCAUACGCACGCUGGGAAAUAAAGGUGACCAAUGAUGGCUCCCAGUACAGCCAGGCCAAAGUGUUGACUAUCUACGACGGGGUCUGCCAGGUCUGUGAGGGAUCACGCUCAGGACUCUGUAAGUUAAAGGAACGGACAUGCAAUAUCGACGGGAUGUGUUUUGCAGAAGGAGACUCCAAUCCCAGCAGCCCCUGCCUCCUGUGUGACCCAGAAAAGUCCAAAUUCACCUGGUCUGUCAACCAAGUCAAUGAACCUCCGACCUUCCACCGACCUCAGGGUAACCUACGGACGUUUGCCGGGGAAAACUUCGUCUUCCAGUUUGCAGCGUCAGACCCCGAGGGUUCGGCCCUCCUCUUCCAGCUGGAGAGGGGGCCGGCGGGGGCCAUCCUGUCCCCAGCUGGUCUCCUCAUCUGGAGGGUCCCGUCUCAUCCAGAGGAGGAGGUGGAGGAUGGACAUCAGGCCAGACGUUCUGUGUUUUUCACGCUGUCGGACGAAUGUGACGCCCAGAGCACCUUCACUGUGGAGAUCGAUGUGGUGUCAUGUGGUUGUCAGAACGGAGGCACAUGUGUAACAGAUGUCAACUUCCCCGCUGGUAGAGGGAAAUACCUGUGUGUUUGCCCCGAGGGGAAACAGGGUGACCUCUGCAGUGACGAUGUGGAUGAGUGUUUAUCGGCUCCGUGUACAGUCGGCAAGUGCAUCAACACAGCCAGCGGGUUUAGAUGCCAGUGUCCCGAAGGUCUGAGAGGUGUUACAUGUCUUGAAGAUGUCAAUGAGUGUGAAAGGAAGCCCUGUUUCCCUGGAGUCCAGUGCUUCAAUAGCUUUGGCUCCUACGGCUGUGGGCCCUGCCCCAAAGGCAUGAUGGGAAAUGGGACGACCUGCACAGCAGUCGUCAGACCAGCCACCGUCGCUCCCACAUCUGCUCCUCGUACAACUGUCUACCAGAUACCACAUGUGCUGCUGCAACCACCUAAAAUAAAGACCGGGACUGUCCGGAAGACCUCCAGUGGUAGCUCUCCACAGACAAAUGCUGAGGCAGCAAAGAAAGCUCCAAGAACUAGCCCCAACCAAGCCCAGAUCACCACUUUGACGAGGAUUCCAGGAAUGAGGUCCAAAUCUACCACCUCUACUGCAGACACUAAUAAGAGCAUCACAACAAUCACCAAAAAUGUGUCCCAAACUAGGGCUGAUGCUUUGAGGAAAACCCAAGAAAUUAUACCUGACCAAUCCAGGACAAACAAGAACACGUCCAAGAACAUUUCAGGGAUUACAACGGACCAAGCCAGACCUAAUCUGUUGGAAGUCAGCAAUAUUAUUCCAAAAGCCUCCACUGAAGUGCAGUCUUCAGGAAAUAGAGGUCCUGCUGUGGGGUCUGCCCAGUCUUCGCCCGUGAAUGUGUCGGCUACAUGUGCCAGCAGACCCUGCUUUCCAGGAGUUCAAUGCAUCAAUCGGAGGCCACCUCAUGUUGGAUAUGUUUGUGGUCGAUGCCCGCCUGGCCUUUAUGGUAAUGGACGUGUUUGUAUGAAGAGCGCCAAGGCAGCAUCCAAUCAUCUCCCUCAGCAGCAGACUUUAGGGAAAUCUACUCGACCUCAGCACGGAACAAGUAAAGUUUCCCAGCUGCACCUUCCAUCUCUGCCCAACAGACACAACAUCAAACAUCUGUCUGCAUCGGUCACCAGAGCAAACCGAGACAACACCCCACGCCAGCCUCCUGCUUUAGGAAGGGAAGGUGGGACGGGCAGAAGAGAAGCGGUUACUGUCGUAUCAAGAGAUGUCCCUAAAGUAACCAACGGUGACGUCCACUUAACUACGAAUAGCCAUGUCACUCACCAAGGUGCCCACCCCAGAUCAGACGCCACUACAUACGCCAAAACUAGCAGAACUACAAACAGAAAGUUAGUGCUUCCACGUGCACCUGUUUCUACGAAUUCUAAUGGAGCGCUGGCAGGUGCCUCACCCCUCAAGGUGACCCGACCCGCUCCUCACCCCCCGACCCAGUUUUCCAGAGAGACACAACCCAAACACACACCUCAUUCCCAGCGGAGCCACCUGGCGUCCAUGCAACCCCAACCCUGGACCAAUCCAAAACCGGUUCUCCCGCUCACCGCCGCCCUCAGCGCUCUGUCCUACUCCAUGUCUGAGUCGGAGUUCUCAGCGGACGGAGAUGAGGAGGAACCUGGAUCCCAGAGCCCAGAGCAGUCGUCGGUGGUCCCAGUGUUGACCCUCACAACACCGGGUAAGACAGUGUCCACCUCCCCCCUCCAAAAGGCUGCAUCCGUCCAACCAGGGCCUGGAAGCAGCACCACACCAGCCCUGACCACCUGCGCAGACCGACCAUGUUUUCCUGGCGUCCAGUGUGAACCCGCCUUGGACGGAGGCUUCCGCUGUGGGAGGUGUCCUGUUGGAUAUACCGGUGAUGGACAGACCUGUCGAGCUGUUUGCAAGCAUACGUGUGGAAGAAAUAUGGCGUGUGCAGCGCCGAAUACAUGCCGCUGUAAACCAGGAUACACUGGACUCAACUGUGAGACAGCGAUCUGUGAACCACAGUGCAUGAACGGUGGUGUCUGCAUCGCCCCUGGUGUGUGUAAGUGUCUCCGGGGUUUCCAUGGAGACACAUGUCAGGAAGCUCUGUGUCGGUUACCAUGUGAGAAUGGAGGCACCUGUGUGGGAAUGCAGACUUGUUCCUGUCCCUACGGGUUUGUCGGACCUCGAUGUGAGACCAUGGUGUGUAGCCACCAUUGUCACAAUGGAGGUCAAUGUGUGGCUCCAGACAAGUGUGUUUGUCUGCCAGGCUGGACCGGACCGUCCUGUGAAAGUGCUCUCUGCUCACCCAUCUGUCUGAACGGAGGGUCGUGCAUUCGUCCAAAUGCCUGCGAAUGUCCUCCUGGUUUCUACGGUGCUCACUGUCAAAACGCUGUGUGCAGUCCUCCAUGUAAAAACGGUGGAUUGUGUAUGAGGAACAACGUCUGCUCCUGUGUUCAGGGAUACACCGGGAGGCGCUGUGAGAAAAGUGUGUGUGAGCCCAUGUGCAUGAACGGUGGGCGCUGUGUGGGUCCAGAUGUGUGUGAUUGCCCGUCAGGCUGGCGAGGAAAGAGAUGUGAUAAACCCAGCUGUCUGCAGAAAUGCCUCAACGGAGGAGAGUGUGUCGGUCCAAACACCUGCCAUUGUGCUCCGGGUUGGCAAGGCAUGCUGUGUCAGAUCCCCCACUGUGAGCAGAAAUGUCUGUUUGGCAGCCGAUGCAUCCGACCAAAUGUGUGCGCAUGCCGCGGUGGAUAUGCAGGUUCACAAUGCAACAAGAAGUAUCCCAUCGCUCACGGCUGAUGGAGCUGAACCAGUCCAGAACAGACCUGAUCAUCCAGAGUCCAACAGACGACCCAGAAAACUGUAAAAUCCACUGUUUCACCAGUUCAUGUUUUCGGACACAAGCUCAGUGAAGUCAGACAACAACAAAAAAAUUUGAUUAUUUUUGGAUUAUAUUUUCAGUAGAGGGGUGAGAUGAGCUGCUGUCACUGCCUGAAGUAUCUGAAACCAAAUUAAUCUGACACAUACGUUACCACGCAACUACUUCCUGUCAACAGUAUUUUAUACUUAGAUUUACUAGUUAGUGAAUAGAUUACAUUGUGUCUUGGUUUUGUAAAGAACUCAGUGAAUAUGGUGCUAAUGAAAUGAGAGACAGUUUUAUUCUUAAUGAUAAUAAAAACUUCAGGAUUAUCUUCAGGAAGAUAAUUUAAGAUACUGUCUAACAUUGGUCAUAAUCUAGGAUUCAAAACUAGAUAAAAUUACCUCAUUUUCUUUCAUGUUUCCCUCUGUUAGCUCCCCUAAUUAACUAGUUAACCUCACCUUUAUUUACUUAAUUUAAGGAAAUUUUCAAACCUCUGUUCCACAGCUAAAAACACCAGAAAUAAUGUUAUUCUACUUUAUUUUCCAGAAAAUUGCCUCUAAAUACUGGUGACAGGAAGUAGGUCACAACAACUACUUUCUUCUACGUCAACAUUUAAAAGUGGUUAAAAUAAGGCCAUGAUGUACUGUA